AUGGAUCCUAUUAUCAUCGCCAACCUGGACCGCUGUCCCCCGGCUCGAGCCAUCCUGCACCCCGGCGAGUUGCUAACGCGUGGCCGUCAGUCCUUCUUCGGCGCCAUGGGAUGCGCCUUUGCCAUCAUCCUUGCCACCAUCGGCGCCUCCUACGGCACCGCGCGAUCCGCCGUCGCCAUCUUCUCCUGCGGCGUCCUCCGUCCCGAACGCUUCAUGCAGAACACGUACGCGCAUCCCCCCACGCGCGGGACCACGCCGAGCACCGUUGACGGCGUCCAUCGUAGGCUGUGCGCCGUCAUGGCCCAGAUCCUCUCCAUAUACGGCCUCGUCGCGAGCGUCAUCAUCGCCAACAAGGUCAAGGAAAAGAUGGCCGCCCACGCAGGCUUCCUCCAGCUCGGCGCCGGAUUGGCCGUCGGCUUGUGCUGCCUCGCCGCCGGCUUCGCCAUCGGAGUCGUCGGCGACGCGGGUGUCCGCGCGAGCACGCAGCAGCCGCGCCUCUACGUCGGCAUGGUCCUCAUCCUCAUCUUCGCCGAAGUCUUGGGCCUCUACGGCGUCGUCGUCUCCAUCCUCAUGAUCACCCGGUCCGCGUCGUCGGACGUCACGACGUGCCUCUACUGA